AUCCACAAAGGGGACUGUGUGGAGGUGGCAGACAAUGAUGUGUGCACCUCUGUGGACGUGGUCUUCAUUCCUAUAGCACCUGGAGUUAAUCAGUGGGAUUGCAUGACCCUCCCAUGGGCCAUACCCAGAGCCCCUCCCAUCCCACAGUGGCUUCCUCCCUGAUCUGCAAUGUGAUGGAUGCCCAUCUGAUCUCCUGUGACGCAGCAGCUUCCAGUGGAUGCACUGACCUGCCCAGUUCCCUUCCCUGACCAUUGGCCUUCCAUUGUGGUGCACCUGUCUCCCUGAGACACACAGGACCACAGCGCUGCAGUGAUAACCCCUCCCCUAGAGGAUGAAGCCUGGAUCCCUUCAGGUACUUCCACCUCUUAACCCUCUGCUUCAAGACUUGGGCACCUUUUGCUAACCACUAUGCUGUUUGAGGACCUGACUACUAAACUGUGUAGCCCCCCUCCAGACUUAACCCUGUAGAUGGACUGAAUUUGAUGUGCUCCCCAAUGGAUGAGUUUUCAAGCUCCACAAAUGAAUGGGAAGUAGUUUCCCAACAGCCACUAUCAUGUUGGCCGCUUUGCCAUUGACAUGCCGCCCAGUAUAUCACACAACUUCAAACUGAUGCUGCAGACUCAAGAUGGCAGCUCCCAAUAACAUACCCUUCCACGCCCCGAGCCUAGGUCCUUCCUAUUCUUACAAACCCCAUUAAAUCCUGCCCCUGGUAUCACCUAUUAUCGCCCAUGUUGAAUGUCAUAGGAGAUUGUUCAGGUGUUUUCCUGUGAAUGCUGUAUCAUGUGUAAAAUAUUAAUUUCUCCUUCAUACUGCUAGUGCUAUUAAACACCCUGAUGACAUCGAGGCUAGAUUCAACAUGCACCUUGCAAGUGUUUUUGCAGGAAUUGGUUUUGGAAACGCUGGUGUCCACCUCUGUCAUGGAAUGUCGUAUCCAAUAGCAGGAAUGGUGAAAAACUUUACAGCAAAGGACUACAACGUGGAUCACCCUUUGGUGCCCCAUGGCCUUUCGGUGGUUUUGACUUCACCUGCAGUCUUCACUUUCACAGGCUCUGUGUGUCCCGAACGACACUUGGAAGCAGCGGGGAUACUAGGGACUGACGUGCGGACUGUGAAACGUGAAGAUGCAGGAUUAGUUCUGGCUGAUACUCUUCGCAAAUUCCUCUUUGAGUUGAAGGUUGAAGAUGGCCUAACUGCAGUUGGUUACAGCAAAGAAGAUAUUCCAGAUCUGGUCAAAGGAACUCUGCCUCAGGUGUGUAGUAGUCUAAAGCACUGCUUCAGCAAGGAGAGAUUAGUUUUGAUUUUUACAAAUUUAGGCACAAUGGCUCCGUG